UCUCAGCUCUUCCACUCACCUCACCUUCCACUACUCCUCCGUUGACAGGCGUUGUUCUCCGAUUUUCCUCUUCCCUGUGUUGACCACCUCUCAAGCAGCAACCAUGACCCAGCUCGAGACAGCCAUGGCCAUCCUGAUGAAGACCUUUGAUACAUGCGCUGCUGGCGAAGGGAAAAAAGACAGCCUGAGCAAAGCGGAGGCCAAGAAAAUGCUGGAGAAGGAGCUGCCUACUCUGCUCAAGGCAUCCAAGAACCCAGAUGAGGUGGACAAGCUGCUGAAAGGUCUGGAUUUUGACGGCGAUUCUGAGGUCGAAUUCACAGAAUAUGUGGUGCUCGUGGCUGCCCUGACCUGCGCCUGCCACGGCCGCUGUGCCAAGAAGUGAGCGGGUCGACCGCACCCUUGGGUGGAGACAAAUGGCGGCGACAGUGCCAUGAAAUCCCUAUUGUCACUGUUUUUUGGAUGUGGGUUAAUAAAGUAAUUUAUCUCUCUGAA